AUGGGUAAAGAUAAAGAAAAAUAUUUAAAAAGAAAAUUAGAAAAAUCAGAAGAGCUAUCUGAUAAGAAAAGAGCUAAAUUAGAAAAGAAAGAGAAGAAAUUGAAAGAGAAGAAGGAAGGUAAGAAAGUUAAGAAGGAUAAUAAGGAUAAAAAGGAUAAAAAAGACAAGAAAGAUAAAAAGGAAAAGAAAGAUAAGAAAGAUAAAAAAGUAGAGGAAGAAGAUAAAGUAGAAAUAGAAGAAGAACCAGUUUCUAAAUCAACACCAAUUCCAAAUUCAACUUCAUACCAACAAUCAUCAGAAUUAAGCUCAUUACCACAAUCUGACAUCGAUUCAUUUUUAUCUACAAAUGAAGUUAUUAUAGAAGAUCCAAAUAAUUUAAAUUUUAGACCAAUUUUAUCAUUUAAUCAAGUUGAAUUAACCAGUAAAAUAUCUUCAAGAUUAUCAAAAUUUCCAAAACCAACUCCAAUUCAAUCUAUUUCAUGGCCUUAUUUAUUAAAUGGUAAUGAUGUUAUUGGAGUUGCCGAAACAGGGUCGGGUAAAACAUUUGCAUUCGGUGUACCAGCUAUAAAUAAUAUAAUUACACAAUCUAAAUUUAAUGGAGUUUCAGUUUUAUGUAUAUCACCAACUAGAGAAUUAGCUUUACAAAUUUAUGAUAAUUUAGUUGAAUUAACCAAAGAUAAUAAUAUUGAAUGUGUCGCAAUUUAUGGAGGUGUUUCAAAAGAUGAUCAAGUAAAAAAAUUAAGAAAAGCAAAUGUUAUAAUUGCAACACCAGGUAGAUUAGUCGAUUUAAUUAAUGAUUCAUUAGUUGAUUUAUCAAAAAUUGAUUAUUUAGUAUUAGAUGAAGCUGAUAGAAUGUUGGAAAAAGGGUUUGAAGAAGAUAUUAAAAAAAUUAUUAGUUCAUGUCCAAAUCAAUUUGAUGGAAAUAGACAAACAUUAAUGUUUACAGCUACUUGGCCAAAAGAAGUUAGAGAAUUAGCUAAUCAGUUUAUGAAAUCACCAAUAAAAUUAACUAUUGGUGAUAGAGAUGAAUUAUCAGCAAAUAAAAAAAUUACUCAAGUUGUUGAAGUUGUUAAUAAAUUCGAUAAAGAAAAAAAAUUAAUACAAUUAUUAGAUAAAUAUCAAAAACAAUUUUCAAAUAAAGAAGAUAAAAUUUUAGUAUUUGUAUUAUAUAAGAAGGAAGCGACAAGAAUUGAAAAUUUAUUAAAAAGAAAUAGAUUUAACGUAGCUGCAAUACAUGGAGAUUUAUCACAACAACAAAGAACACAAUCAUUAAAUUCAUUUAAACUGGGAGAAAAUAAUUUAUUAUUAGCUACUGAUGUUGCAGCAAGAGGUUUAGAUAUACCAAAUGUUAAAAUUGUUAUAAACUUAACAUUUCCAUUAACUAUAGAAGAUUAUGUUCAUAGAAUUGGUAGAACAGGUAGAGCUGGUAAAACAGGGAUUUCUCAUACAUUAUUUACUGAAGAUGAAAAACAUUUAAGUGGUGCGUUACAAAAUAUUUUAAGAGGUGCAAAUCAACCAGUACCUGACGAAUUGUUGAAAUUUGGAGGUCAUACAAAAAAGAAGACACAUAGUGUUUAUGGAGCAUUUUAUAAAGAUGUAGAUACAACUAAAAAGGCUACAAAGAUAAAGUUUGAUUAG